AUGUCAAAGCCAAGUUUAAUUACCCAAGAAGCUACUGAAAGUCCGGAAGCUUUUUAUUCUAGGUUGGUUGAGGCAUAUGAGAUGUACACCCCUAUAGACCCCACUCUGCCUGAAAAUGCUCGCAUGUUAGCAAUGGCUUUUAUUUCACAAUCAGCUCCAGACAUAAGGCAUAAGCUUCAAAAGUUGGAAGGAGCGUUGGGAAAACCCCUUAGUGAACUCAUGGAAGUUGCCAGGAAGACAUUUGUCAACAGGGAUUUGUUGGAGGAGAGGAAAAAAGAUAAGCAGAUGAAGAAAAAAGCAGAAUUGCUAGCCACCGCUUUAAUGACUGUGCCAGGGGGAAAUAGAGGAGGUGGGGAGAGGACCUCCUUAGGUCAAAAUCAAUGUGCUAUAUGUCACAGGUAUGGGCACUGGAAAAGAGAUUGUCCCAGAAGAGAAGGAAUUGAGAGAAGGGAGAUUGAACAGCCAAGGGUAACUAGAAAUCCUACCCCUUUGCCAAGAAAUUUCUCUCUUAGUCGACCCAACACCUUCAGGGGACGUGGAACACUCAGGAAGCCCAUUAACAGCCUGCGAAAAAGGGAAGCCAAGGGAUUUUCCCCCGACACUCCUUUGAUUGGAUUGGCAGAAGCUGAGGAGUGGGAUUGACGGGGCAGUGUAGGUUCAAUUAGCCUCCCCGAACCUAUGGUCUGUCUGAAUGUGGGGGGCAAAGAAGUUUCUUUCCUUGUAGAUACAGGAGCAACCCGUUCAGUAUUAACUCAACCUUUGGGACAUAUUUCUUCUCAAUCUAUCAACAUUCAAGGGGCAACAGGAAAACCACAAACCCAGC